AUGGUGUUGCGCGCGUUCUGGAACAUUGGUGCUGGGCUAGUGCAUCGGCUAGUGAACAAGCGCUCAAUGGGCAAAGGCGUCAUGGGCGUAAGCUAUCCAUCGGUAUGGAAGGGACGAACGGGAUUCUUGGAUUGCGACGUAAAUUUUCAUCUCAACAAUUCGUCGUAUCUCUACAGUAUGGAACUUGCUCGCUGGCACUUUACAGCUGCCAGUGGCAUUUUGUGGCAGGUGAUCAAGAGUCGACGGAUGAUAUUCGUCGGUUCACAAGCAAUUCGCUAUCGCCACGCAAUCCCUCCCUUUCAUGCAUACGAGAUCAAGACGCAAGUGGUGUACUGGGACGAUGAUUGGCUCUAUCUCUUGCACCAGUUCCAAGAUACCACCACUGGGAAACAAUUUGCUGAAGGUCUUGUACGCGGCAUCGUAAUGAAAGGCCGUCAAAGGGUGUCUGCAAACAAACUAUUCGCCGAAGUGAGCGAUGACGUCAUUGCAGCUCCCACGCAAAUGCCCGACAUCGUAAAAACGUUUUUAGAUUGGGACGAAGCUUGUGCCACGAGUAUGAAAGAAGCUGGACAAAAAGCGGAGCAGCACUUGAAAGCUAAUCCACCUCCGCCUACUCCCGUGAAGCUUGGAACACGCUUUUGGCAUGAGAUGAAAAAGUCCAUGAACUUGCCGUAA